ACGUCGAGUCAUUCGAGUGAGGAGUGAGCCAAAAUGAAUUGUCACAAACUCAGCAUCCAAACUUGCCCAUAAGAACGCUCGCAUGGCUUUUGUAUUGCGCCAUAAACGUUUCGCUGCUCGUAACGCCACAACGCUCGACGUUUCGCAGCGGCUUUGCUUUCGCUUCUCUUCUCGCGCGUAAAGCGGUCUCCCCAGAAAACAGAAAAUAGAAAACCAAGAAACCAAGAAUAUAAAGGAAAACCCCCUCCGUAGACAGACAAAACUCAAAGUCUCCAACGACUCAAAGCGCCUCAGUCGCUGCCGCUCUGCCGCCGUUUCUGUCGACGCCGCUGCCCGCGCUGGCAGCAAGAAUUACCAAUUACACGAAAUUUUUAUACUCUUUUAAAAAUUUCGUUUUAUUAUAAUAUUUAUUAUCGUGGCGCGCAGUAGUGUCUGCGGAACUCAGCUCUCCACUCUUUGGAAUUUCGGCCCUCCGAUUCCGAUUCGGAUUAUACGAUUAUACGACUAUACGACUCUACGACUGUAGUGCGGCUAUACGAUUCAGUUUCCGAUUCGCAGUGUUUAUUGUUCCGUUUCGGCCGCCGGCUUAUUGUCACUUAAGUGUUACAGAUCGCGUAAAAUAUAAUAAAAUUGUGUGUGAAAUUCAGAACCGAAAAAACUGUCAAAGCACAACGGUUUAUAACUCUCUGUGUGCGGUUCAUAAAAAUUAAAAAGACAUAAAGUUGACAUCGUAAAAGGCUCUCGCCUUUCCGUACCAGACUUCGAUAGUUCUACCUGCAAAGUGUUUUAUGGCAUUUUAAACAAAGUAAUUAAAGCAAAACGUUGGGAGAAAGCAUUUCUCCGACCUCACGCACACACUCACGCACUUGAGAAGUCGUUAAAAGCCGCAGGAAAACUCACUCUGCCAUAAAAAUACAAGAGUGCCAUUAAAAAAGAUCGCGCGCCUAUAAAUCACAUGUACGAAAUCCCGCCGGCACGACGUCCAUUCGAAUUUCCGCGUAAUUGAUGACCGCAUUUUAAUUGCUUUUACAACAAAUAAAAGAUACACACACCCCAAACACACACAUGCGCCACACACACUUGUGCCACAGCUGGAAAAACAACGCAAAACGAGACCAUAUGCAAAUUUAACAAAUUUCGUUGUGAAUUCGCCAGCUUCGAGCGAAAAAAGUAACAGAAACAGAAAAGCUGCAAAUACAAGCUGCUCGCCAAAAGUUCGCUAGAGAAAACUUGAGAAAGCAGUUGCCGCCGCCCUAGCCGCCGCCGCCGCCUCUGCCUCCGCCAGCGUUUCAGCCAGCAGCAGCAGCAACAACAACAACAGCAGCAACGCGAUCGCUGGAAGCAACGCAAACAACACCAACAACAGCAGCAGCAGCCCAAGCAGCAGCAGCAACAACAACAGCAAUCUCAAUUUGAGCGGAGGAUCCCUAUCGCCGAGCCAUUUGAGCCAACAUCUGGGCCAAUCGCCCCACUCACCCGUCUCCUCGUCGUCGCCCUUUCAGCAGCACCACCCACAGGUGCAGCAGCAACACCUGAACCACCAGCAGCAGCAACAUCUGCACCACCAGCAGCAGCAGCACCACCAGUACUCCUCGCUCUCGGCCGCUUUUCAGCUCCAGCAGCAACAACACCACAUUAGCAAACUAGCCGCCGCCGCAGUAGCCUCGCACGGUCACGCCCACCAGCAACUGUUGCUAACGCCCCCCUCGGCGGGCAACUCUCAAGCGGGCGACAGCAGCUGCUCCCCGUCGCCCUCGGCGUCCGGCAGCUCCUCGCUGCACCGCAGCCUCAACGACAACUCCCCCGGCUCCGCAUCCGCGUCCGCCUCCGCAUCCGCGGCCAGUUCCGUCGCCGCCGCUGCAGCCGCCGCCGCCGCUGCGGCUAGCUCCUCGUUUGCCAUCCCCACCAGCAAGAUGUAUCCGUACGUGUCUAACCACCCCAGCAGCCAUGGAGGCCUCUCCGGAAUGGCCGGGUUCACCGGACUGGAGGAUAAGUCGUGCAGCAGGUACACGGACACCGUGAUGAACAGCUACCAGUCGAUGAGCGUACCUGCCUCGGCAUCCGCACAGUUCGCUCAGUUCUAUCAACAUGCCACAGCCGCCGCAUCGGCGGUAUCCGCGGCCAGUGCCGGCGCGAUCGGCGUGGACUCGCUGGGAAACGCCUGCACACAGCCCGCCUCCGGCGUGAUGCCGGGGGCAGGGGGAGCGGGCGGAGCCGGUAUCGCCGAUCUGCCCAGGUAUCCCUGGAUGACGCUUACAGACUGGAUGGGAAGCCCCUUCGAGCGUGUCGUUUGCGGCGAUUUCAACGGCCCCAACGGCUGUCCCCGAAGGCGCGGUCGCCAGACCUACACUCGCUUCCAGACCCUCGAACUGGAGAAGGAGUUUCACUUCAACCACUACUUAACUCGGCGAAGGCGCAUUGAGAUCGCACAUGCCCUCUGCCUGACCGAGCGGCAGAUCAAGAUCUGGUUCCAGAACCGGCGCAUGAAGCUGAAGAAGGAGUUGCGAGCCGUCAAGGAGAUAAAUGAACAGGCGCGACGCGAUCGCGAGGAGCAGGAGAAAAUGAAGGCCCAGGAGACGAUGAAAUCCGCCCAGCAGAACAAGCAAGUGCAGCAGCAGCAGCAACAGCAGCAGCAGCAGCAACAGCAGCAGCAGCAACAGCACCAGCAGCAGCAACAGCAGCCGCAGGACCACCACUCGAUCAUCGCACACAACCCGGGCCACUUGCACCACUCCGUGGUAGGUCAAAACGAUCUCAAGCUCGGCCUUGGCAUGGGCGUGGGCGUGGGCGUCGGAGUGGGCGGCAUCGGCCCGGGCAUCGGUGGCGGCUUGGGGGGCAAUCUGGGCAUGAUGAGCGCCCUGGACAAGAGCAACCACGACCUGCUAAAGGCGGUCAGCAAGGUCAACUCUUAAGCUGAUAGCCACCCAUCGCCCAGCCGAGCCAACGAGCCAUUCUUCCACCAACCGCACCACUAGCACCACCACCGCAGCCACCGCCAGGAUCAGCGUCCGGCGUUAUUUUUCGUCUCCUCGUCUGUGUAGCGCGCGAGAUAGCAAGCAGAAGAUGAACUCGAUAACUAAAAUACGUAAAGUUUUACAUAGUAAAUAGUUGCAUAAGUCUACAAAAAACAUACAUACACGCAAAUGGCUGGGUGCGAUGGCUUAGAGGCGAUUAACUGGACCGGGUUUUAUUGCUGUGGAUCGAAGUUUUCUGAGGUUUCCCCAACUGCAGUGGCCUAUUUGAUAGAGCAACGCAUGCGAUUCCCUUCCAGAUCUCCAGUGGGAAUUUGUGUAUCCGACAUUUCUUCCAUACUUUCUCUUUUGCAACCCCUAAAUGGGCAAUUCAACCCCCAGUGCAGUGUCUCUGGGCCAACGGGCCCAGUUCGGUAAUAUUAAUGGAUAACUUGAACUACUUAGAAUAGCGGUAAUCGCCUAAGGAAGGAGUUAGCAGGAGACGCGAUCUAUAUAAAUGAAUAUUGACGAAAUGAGCGAUUUUUGAUAGUCAGAGAACUCCGGUGCCCGCCACCAACCAACUUCCAAUGGAAGAGGUUUUGGGGGGCAACUCGACGGAUUCGAGUGUAAAAUUAUUUGCGACUGCUGUAGAAUAACCUAGUUCGAUAUUUAGAGCCACGUUCGACUAUGUUAAACGAUAUAUGAAUACAUAAUAAUAUGGAUAUGCUUAUAGAUUAAAGAUACUUACCUAUAGAGUUAUAAAGCGUACGUUUUGUAUCCACCUAUUUAUUGGAGAUUUAUGUUUAUGUUUUCAAAAAAAAACCCUCUUCCAAUGUUUUGUUAAGUGAUGUGUUUACUGUGUGUUUGCUGUAUUUCGUUGUAUGCCAACGCUUGAAUACAAUGAUUUCUUCAAUGCCAUAUUAAUCUUAACUCGAGAGAAAGUAAACAAUUAAGCAGCUAAAGUACGCAAAACACUUGCGCAAGUAUUUCCAUAAUACCAGUUGUAAGAACAAACGGUAUGCAACAUACCUAAAAGCAUAAUCACGAUUUCAAAUACGUAAUAUUAAUAAUGAGAUAUGAAACAAAAGUGGAGUCAGACGGAGCUGAGAAAUUAAAUGUCGUUUGCCAGUGACUAAAAUUUUAAAUUAACUACCAUUAAGCGAAGAACUCAAUAGGCAUCGCUUGAAAGGCCUACAAAUCUACAAAUAAAAUAACAAACGAAAGGAAACUCUGAAAUACGUAUUAGCUUAAGGUUGCAACCACAAACAAACUGUCGAGGAAGGCCAAGAAAGGGGUGUUUUAAAAAUGGAAGUAUCGGCAGAACCCAUAUACGUAGAUUUCAAACUUCCCGAAAUUAAAUUUACCUAGCGUAGUCUCUCCCGGAUUGCAAGUUGAAUUAAAGUCAGAAACUCUAUUUAUUAUACACAACCGAUGGGAAGGGAAGCGAAGGGAAGCAAAGGCUUACACAGCGCGUAUUUACAUAAACAAUUAUUGACAAAUAUAUAUGAAUAUAUAUUACAAAUAUAUACAACUAUGAACUAACAUGUGUAUGUAUAAACACCUAAAUGUAUGUGUAUCUAGUAUGGUUAACACUAAAAGCAGUCGAGUCAAAGUAAGUCACCUUUUGCCCAAAACCAGUCACCACCAAAAAUAAGCAUCCCCAACCAGCGCUCAUGUUUUUCUCGAUGGGAUCCCAACUAUCCCACUGUCCCACAGUCCUUUGUUUUCGAGUCCCACUGGUCGAGUGAUAUUCCCGGGUGGCGACAACCUUUUGCCUUGUUUCACGACUUGAUUGAAGGAAACUGAGUGGUUUCUGUUCCUGUUCCCGCUUCAGUUUUGGUUUUUGUUGCGUUUCAGUUUGGUUUAAGUUAAAUGUUUAGUCUUAUUUGGACGGCCUAGCAAAUUAGCGCGUAAAUCAAUAUUUUGUUUGAACCCUAAUGCUAAAACUUCUGUUAAUUUUACUUUAAGUUUAGUUGUGACGAAUUGUGUAUUAUAUAAUUUUAUGCGAUUUUCAAAUGAAUGCGAAAAAAUUAAAAACACCUUUGUUUUACUCCGACUGGGAAGCAACUGCAACGAGAACCCAUCCAUACGCUGACCUUUUCGAUGAGGUCCAAAAACUCCAAAUCAAAUUUAACAUUAGAUAAUGCCUAACGAACAUAUAUACGUAGAAUCACGUCGAUACUAUUUACUAACCAACCAAGUUUACUCACUCAGCCGGAAGUAUUCGGAGAUUGCGAUAGUUCAAGAACCCGCA